AUGAACUCUAAUGCUAAUCCAAUCCACCCCGCUCAGAUACAUCCGGAGGGACCAUUCCCGGAUGAUGAUACCCCGGGAAUAAGAGCAAUGGAAAUGGGCCCUGAGGGUACUGAUCAACAAGAGACAGGCUAUCACCCCGCUGCUGGAUCAAGCAGUAACUCGGAAAAAGACAGAGACAGCAGGGUCUAUGAAAGUGAUCGGCAGUAUAAAUCACAAGAAAACAUACAAGAAACAGAGAUUGUCUGGCAGUAUCUCACCUUUGAUACCGAGCUUCCACAUCCAACGACCAUCUAUCCACAAGAACCAAACCAACGACCACCACCUCCGCCUCCGAAUCUUGCCAAAUACACCAACCCCUUCGAAUGGUCGGAUAGAAGGAAGAGCGUCACAGUCUGGAUAUCAUGCCUCAUCACCAGUCUCACCGCUUUCUCGGCAGGAGCAUUGAACCCAGCUAUUCCACAGAUGAGGAAUGAAUGGGGCAUAAGCAAUGUUGCUGCUUUGGUAUCAAUCACUACCUUUACCACAGGUUUCGCCGUUGCUCCAAUGGUUCUAGCUCCCUUCUCCGAGAUCAACGGUCGACGACCCGUCUUCCUCGCGUCUGGCCUUCUUUUUGUGCUCUGCCAACUAUGUUCCGGUCUCACACGAUCCUACGCUGGGUUGCUUGUCGCACGCUUCUGGUUAGGCGUUGGCGGCUCUACUUUCUCUACCAUGGUCGGCGGUGUGGUAUCUGACAUAUAUCACACCGAAGAUCGCAACACACCUAUGGCUGUCUUUUCUGGGACAGCGUUAUUCGGGACUUCCUUUGGACCCAUGGUAUGCGGCUUCAUUGCACAGAACACGUCGUGGCGCUGGAUUCAAUACAUACAGACGAUAGCCUGCGGAACAAUGGUUGCACUUAUCUGUAUCGUCUUCAAAGAAACAAGAGGCUCUGUCCUGCUAUCCAGAAAAGCAAAGUGCCUAAAUGAGUGGUACGCUGCCCGUGAGGAAGCAGGAUACUUUGGGUUCGACGUCCAUGAUGAGAAGAAACCCGGGUCCACGAUUUCUCAGCGCCUACGCUUCAAGGUCCGAUCAGACGAGGAGCGCGCAUCCCUCGGAACCAUGAUUGCCAUUUCUCUCUACCGCCCCUUCCACCUACUCUUCACAGAACCCGUCGUCUUCUUUUUCUCACUCUGGGUCGCUUUUUCCUGGGCCAUCCUCUACCUCGCCCUCGCUGCUAUCCCCCUCAUCUUCCGCAACAGCUAUGGCUUCUCCAUCCAACAGGCAAAUGCCGUCUUCGCCUCCAUGAGCAUAGCCAGUAUCCUUGCAACCAUCCUCUCCGUCUAUCAAGAGAAAAUCGCAAAGAAAUACGGCAAGACGUCCAAUUCGCCCGAAGGUCGCUUGUACUUUGCCUGCGUUGAGAGCGCUUGCAUGCCAAUCGGACUCUUCAUGUUUGGCUGGACCAGCUCUGCCGGGCUACAUUGGGUGUUGCCCGCGAUAUCCAUUGGCAUUGCUACCGUUGGCAUCUUCUCGAUUUACCUGGCUACUUUCAACUAUCUGGCUGAUACUUAUCAUCGCUAUGCAAGCUCAGCGUUAGCUGCCCAGUCCUUUUGCCGUAACAUGCUCGGCGGCAUAUUUCCCUUGAUCACGACGCAAAUGUAUAAUAAACUGGGAUACGGCCCCGCAAGCAGUUUGUUAGGCGGAAUCGGGGCUUUGCUGACUGUUGUGCCGUGGAUACUGGUUUUUUAUGGUCCGCGGAUUCGUGCCAGGAGUAAGUUUGCGAGCGAGAUCAUGACUUGA